AUGCUCUGCGGCAUCAGCUCCCUCGCUUGCGCAACGAGUAGCACGCCAGUGCUACAAGUAGCGCCUUGGCAGGGGGCACACAUCUUGAGUAUCACGCACACGCAUACGCACACGCAUACGCACACGCCUAAGUUUUUUUUGUCAUUACACACGCACACGACUCCGGGUCGACAGACGCCGACAUACCCCGUCAAGUCGACGGUGGAGACAGUGCGCGACCCCUCUUCUGAUCUUGGAGGGUAAGAUCAGUUAGAGUAUGCUCAUACCCUCACCACGCCCACGAUACAGCUAGAGAUAGGUUAGCUCGGUUGCUACGCUCUAGCUUGUACGCACAUGUUUCUUUUU